AUGAGAGAAGUCCAUGAAGGGAUUUAUGGCAAUCACUCGAGCGCAGAUUCUUUAGUGCUGAAGUUGGUACGAGUAGGAUAUUAUUGGCCUCGCAUGGAACAAGACGCCAAAGACUUCAUACGAGAAUGUGAUAAGUGCCAACGCUACACACCACUAGUACAUCAAACCAACAAAACUCUUACAUUUGGUUCUGUCCCUAUGUCCGUUCAUGAAAUGGGGGAUGGACAUCGUCAUACCGCUACCACCGGCUCCUGGAAAGGUAAGUNUGCCAAAACUGGAAAAGUUAGUGCGUGCCCUUAUAGUGACAAAUGUCGAUUUAGUCAUGACUUGGAAGCUUUUAAAGCUGAGAAACCAGCCGAUAUAGAGGGUAGUUGCCCUUUUCUGGUUUAUGAAGGGCCAUGCCCUUAUGGAUUGGCUUGUAGGUUUGCAGGGACCCACGAAGAUGAUGUUUCAGCUCAAACUGAGAAGAUAUCUAGGAAGAGUUUUGAACUAAAUUUUUUUAAUAAGGACACUCAGAAACUUCUGUGGAAAAACAAAAUGAAGUUUCCGAAGGCUGAAGCCACUCUCAAACUUCUUGGACUUAAGGGCCAUCCAAAAAAUAAAAUAUUGGUUGAUAAAGAGGAAAAUGACGAAGUUGUGCCAAAAGAACCAGCCACUGAUACCAAAACAGACAGCAAUGAAGCUGCUAGUGACUGCUCUAAUAAAGUGGAGAUCACUCCUUCCAUUUCACCAGAAGAUGAUGUAGAUGAAAAUAAUUUGGCUGAUGAUAUUAGACCUUUAAAGAAGGCAAAAUCAUCAAUCGAUGAAAUUUGUUCCUCCCAAGUUAGCAAUGGUUCAAGUGUCCAGGGGGAAGUUCUUGACAGCAAUUGUGAUGUGAAUAAAUCAGAGCCAACUGCUGACACGGUUACAGAUUCUGAUAAAAGCCUAAAAUUGCACCCCCGUGAAAAAAAGCUUAUUGAUUUUCGAGAUAAGCUCUAUCUUGCGCCUUUGACCACAGUUGGUAAUCUGCCUUUUCGGAGAGUUUGCAAGGUGCUAGGAGCUGAUGUAACAUCUGGUGAGAUGGCAAUGUGCACAAAUCUUUUGCAGGGCCAAGCAUCUGAGUGGGCACUGCUGAGACGGCAUUCGUCCGAGAAUUUGUUUGGUGUUCAGAUUUGUGGAGCUUAUCCAGACACUGUUACAAAGACAGUUGAGCUUAUUGAACAAGAAUGCACUGUGGAUUUCAUUGAUAUUAACAUGGGAUGCCCGAUUGAUAUUGUAGUUAACAAGGGUGCUGGAUCAGCUCUUCUUACAAAACCAAUGCGGAUGAAGAGUGUAGUAGAAGCUGCUUCGGCAACAGUUGGUAUACCAGUAACUAUCAAGGUAAGAACUGCUUAUUUUGAGGGGAAGAAUCGCAUUGAUUCUCUCAUAGCAGAUAUUGGUAAUUGGGGUGCAACUGCAGUUACCAUACAUGGUAGAUCACGUCAACAGCGCUAUAGUAAACUUGCUGACUGGGAUUACAUCUACCAAUGUGUACAAAGGGCCCCCAAGUCUUUACAAGUCCUUGGAAACGGUGAUGUAUUUUCUUAUUUAGACUGGAACAAGCACAAAACUGACUCCCCUGAGCUUUCCACAUGUAUGAUCGCCCGAGGUGCAUUGAUAAAGCCGUGGAUAUUUACUGAAAUCAAGGAACAGAGGCACUGGGACAUUACAUCUGGGGAGCGGCUAGAUAUCUUGAAGGAUUAUGCACGAUUUGGCCUUGAACACUGGGGUUCUGAUUCAAAAGGAGUGGAGACGACCAGACACUUUUUGUUGGAGUGGCUUAGUUACACAUGUCGGUAUGUUCCAGUUGGCCUGUUAGACAUUAUCCCACAAAGAAUAAAUUGGCGACCACCCUCAUACUACGGUAGGGAUGACCUCGAGACACUAAUGGCCUCUGAUUCUGCUGCAGACUGGAUAAGGAUAUCCGAAAUGUUACUAGGCAAGGUUCCUGUUGGCUUUUCGUUUUCACCAAAGCACAAGUCCAAUGCUUAUGACAGAGCAGAGAACGGCUAAUAUCAUUUUGUCGCUGUUGCUGUUGGUCUGAUACUAAUUUUUGCUGCAUCUUAGCAAGGACGGCUCCACCCCUAGCCAAAAUUUCAAGGCCCCUAAAAUUAUUUUUAUUGGAUAGUAUACAAUAUGUAAUUCAAAUAAUUAUUACAGUUUUUAUUCAUGAUAAGUAAAUUUCUUUAACCA